AUGCCUUCAUCUCAUUCUCCUAGUCAAAUUGCUAUUCCAGAUUUUGAUCAACUUGUACUUUAUACAGGCAAUGUGAUGCGUACAGCCAUCAAUCCAAAUGCCUGUUGGAAUAAGAAAUCCAAUACAGAAUUGAUGCAAGCCAUUCAAGAUACACUCGAGACAUCUUUAUUUCAUCAACCAUCAUUUCAUUACUUUUCAGAACACAAAUUAUUAGAAGUGCCUGAUUUAAGAAGAAGUAGCCGUAUUCAGCCUGAAGAUCGUCAAGAUGUAGAAGUGACAGCCAAACUGUUCUUUCUGGAGAAUCAAGCAUCUACUAUCGAGACUUCCAUUCGUCAUCUUCAACAACUGUUGGAUGUUGAGUCGAUUGAUACAUUUAUUGUCUCAUUUGAUCCUCAACAAGACUCAGCAUCGAUAGACAAGGCCUGGAAGGAUUUAGAGGCUUAUCAUCAUCAAGGUGUCAUUUCAAAACUCGGAUUAUCUGACUUUGAUGAGACAACACUAGAAGCAUUUCUUCAAAAGAACAUUACUGUCAAACCCUCUAUAGAUCAAGUUCAUGUAGACCAAUGUUGUGAUUUACCUCAAGCAUUAAUUCGUCUCGGGAAACAACAUCAGAUUGAAAUCACUUUUAAUAGUGACACUACAGAUAUCUUGACCACAGCAGGAUUAUCCAGUGUGCUGAACAAAUACAAUAUCCAUAAGCAUGUCAAGCCUCGUUGGGUAUUGAAAUACAAUGUGUUUUAUAAUCACCGCAGUGUUGUUGCUGAUAAAGGGUACAUUGUAAUGGGUGAUGUGAUUCAUAACGAAUAA